UUAUGAUAUUUACAGGAUCUCCAGAAAAAGAAGUAUUGAUGGGAUAAGGAAAAGAUAUAUACAAUUUGCCUCCAAAAGAAUUUGGACCAUAGGAUGAAAAUGUAAUUGAAUGUGAAGAUGUAUCAAAAGGUAUCCUAAUCUUUAAUUUUCAAGAGUUUAAUCUUAUUGGCAGAGAUGAAAAGAUUUCCGCUCUUAAGGAUAUCAAUUUAAAACAAAACGAUGAAUUUUAUCCUAUCAAAAGAGGAGAAUUUGUCAUUAUAAGAGGUCCAUCUGGUGGUGGAAAAACAACAUUCUUAAAUUAAAUAGGAACAAUAGAUACACCUACAAGUGGCACAAUAAGUUAUUUAUUAAUAAUAUAAUAGGAUUAUUAGGAAAGGAAGUCAAUAAAUUAUCAAAAGAUUCUUAUUUGAGUGAACUUAGGUUGACAACUAUUGGAUUUGUGUUUUAAACAUUUAAUUUAAUAGCCACAAUGACAGCUUAUGAAAAUGUAGAGCUACCAAUGAGAAUCUUGGCUAAAUUGGUAUUAUUAUAAUAUAUAAAUUAUAGUCAGAGAAAGAUAUAAAAAAAAGAGUGAGAGAAUUAUUGAAAAGUGUUGGUUUAUAAGAUAGAAUGGAUCAUUUACCUUCAGAAUUAUCUGGUGGUGAAUAAUAGAGAGUAGCUAUAGCUAGAUCUUUAGCAAAUUCACCUUAAAUUUUAUUAUUAGAUGAACCUACAGGAGAUUUAGAUUCAAAAUCAACUGUUGAAGUAAUGGAUAUAUUAUUGCACCUCAAUAAUUUUGGAUAUAGUGAUGCUAAUCAUACUCCUUGUACUAUGGUUAUGGUUACUCAUAAUCCUGAUCUUGAAUGUUAUGCUCAUCGAAUUAUUUAUAUAAAAGAUGGAAAGAUUGAAAAAUAAGCUAUAAAUGAGAAAUAGUCUCCAUUAAGAUAUGAAUAGUACCUGCAUUAUCUUAAUAGUUAAAACUGA